UGUGCUAGAGAAUGACACUUGUUUUUCUGCAUUUUGACUCCUGGUUUUAAUAACAAACCAUUCUCUGUGGUCUCCAGAUGGCCGCCACUCACUGGAUAUGAAUUUCUGCUGUCUUGCUUAGCUGCUUAUGAAAUAUCCCUGGUGGGUUCUGUAGCUGAUCCUUAAAUGAAAUCCUGCUGGCUUCUCGUUGGAAGUUACAGACUUUGAAACAAAACAAUCCUGGUUGACUAUCUUUAAUGUUCAGUUGGGCUGGAGGUCUGGUCCAUUGCCAAAAAAUCAGUUUGGUGCCAGAUCAAGAGUAAUCUGUUGAUACAGGUCUCAUGGAUUGUGAGAACGGGACAGAUAUUGAAGAUUUUGUUCUUCUGGACUUUUCUUCUGAAUCUAGAGACCGGUUCCUCUUUUUCUUCCUCUUAUUGCUCAUGUACAGUGCUGGACUUCUGGGGAAUGUUAUAAUGUUUCUUCUCAUCACCUUGGAUGCGCGACUCCAGACCCCCAUGUAUUUCCUGCUCCGUUGCCUUUCAGUCAUUGAUGUUGGCUUCAUCUCAGUCACAAUGCCACAGAUGCUGGUUUGCAUGAUAACUGGUUCCAGAACAAUCCCCUUCUAUUCCUGCCUGGCUCAGUUCUUCUUCCUCUAUGUAUUUGGUGUCACUGAUCUCCUUCUUGUGAGUGUCAUGGCCCUGGAUCGCUAUGUAGCCAUUUGUAAUCCUCUCCACUAUGCCUCAGUGAUGAACCAGAAGGUUUGUGGGCAUUUAGUGGCUGGGUGUUGUAUCGUUUCUACUUUACACUCCAUGCUGCAUGCUGGCCUGCUCCUGCGUCUCAGUUAUAGGGGGAAAAAUCACUUGGCCCAUUAUUUCUGUGAUCAUCAACCCUUGCUGCAGCUGUCCUGCUCAGACACCAGUGUCAAUGAGGCAGUCAUCUUCUUUGAAGGUGGAAUCAUCAUCUUUGGGCCUUUAGUUUUCAUCAUCCUCACCUACAUUCACAUAGUGGCAACUAUAAUGAAAUUCACUUCUUCGGGGAAGCGCAAAGCUUUUUCUACCUGUGGGUCUCAUCUCACUUUGGUGGUUCUUUUUUAUGGGACCAUCAUUGCUGUCUAUUUCUCACCCACUUCAAAGUAUUCUUCACAGCGAGGGUCAGUUUUUGCUCUGGUGUACACUGUCAUCACCCCAAUGUCCAACCCUUAUAUCUACAGUCUCAGGAAUAAAGAAGUGAAGGGGGCUGUGAGGAAUCUCUUGGGAAAAGGAUCCUUGUUUCCUCCAAACUGAAAUCUUAGUGAAAUCUUGGCUCUGCCAUAGAGCUGCCAUCCAGCUGGUUUGAAGUGAGAAUAGGGGGAGAGCUGCCCAUGCUGAUGGAACAUAUUCUUCGCAUACAAAUAGUCUCAGAUUUCAUACCUGGCCUCUCUUGGCAACCACAGUGUAGUUGAGGAAUCAUAAAAUGUGAGCUUAAUACUAGACCCUUUUAAAUGGGGUAAUAGGAUAACUUGCCCCAGGCUUCACUCAUGAAUGGAUGCUCACCUGAAAUAUAAAUAUUUGAAACAAUGAAACAAUCAAAUGACAACUGAUUGUUUAAUGUUUGGAAGGAACUAGCCCUUUCUGAAUUUCACAAAGGGCCUCAGUUAAUAAUUUUGAGGGUUGGCUGUUUCAAAAACAUCAUGAAUUUACUUCUUUGGCAGAACAGUAUCCAACCUUGCAUUAGGUUCUCCUCCUAAAAGCAUGUCCCAAAAUGAUCUGGCUAACCUGCCAUGUUGGUGUAUUUGGGGAUGAUUGAAAAAAAAACCUCCUCCCUAAUUUGAAGUUCUUGAUAUUUUUUACUCAAAACUAUGUUUUCCUCAGUUAAAAAGCUAAUGGAGAGAACCUAGCACACAAAAUGGGAAAGAGUAUGCUUAGACAGAAACUGCUUUCAUUUGGGACAAAAUAGUUAUAUGUCUAAGACUGUUCCCUUUGGCCUUGAACACAGCUUCUUACAGAAAGCAGAUUCCUUUCCCUUCCCUCCCCUUCCCUUCCCUUUUCUCAAGUGACUAUUUCAAGAAAAUAGUCUAAAAGUGAUUUCCAAGUAAAAAUGAAGCUAGACAAAGUCAUGUCUUUAAUCAAAGCAAUCAAUUUUGCCAUCUCUGCCAUCUCCAUAAACUUCACCAUCCAUUGUUGCCUUCUUGAGUCCUUGCAUCUCUGUGCAUAGAGAAAUAUUGCUGCUGUCUGUUCCUUAUAAGAAUAAAGCUCCAUGGUUUUUUUCCCCAGUUUGUUUGUCCAUCAAACCUAGGAGAAAAACUUCUGGUUUUAGUUGUAUGCUUACUUUGAGAAUUCUCUAAAUUAAAAUACACAUCUGAUCCAAA